AUUGGUUGGUACCGCUACCACAUUUUGCAUUAACGCACUGAAAGUCAGCAGGUGGGGUACAGUGGAUCAUUCAGACUGUAUGCUUUCGUAUAAUCUAUUUGAGAGUCACUUGACGUGGUUUCCUUGCUUGGCCUAUUGGACACAGACGGCCCGCCGUAAAUGAAAAUGUCCCUGGUCCAGCGGGUGCUGCUGAGUUGGUUUUUUGCCCUCGUCUUCCUCAUCAUGCUGGUUCUCAAGCUGGACUCUAAUAUCGACUGGAACUGGUUUCUCAUAUUCCUUCCCAUUUGGACCUUUGACGCGAUUCUCAUCCUCAUGCUGGUCGCGAGGAUGGCAGGUCGUUGUAAACAAGCGUUGAACCCGCGAGAUGGACAUCAGAACCUGCCGCGCACAAUGUGGUACCUCAUAGCACUGCUGCUGAAACUUGGCUUUUGCUUGGCGCUGUGUUCCCGCCUGGAGAAGCUCACGGACAUUUGGCUGAGCGUGGUGUGCAUACCUCUCUGGACCCUGUUGGUUGGGGCGUUAGUAGAACUGGGUCACAGCGUGUUCCACUACAGAAGGGAAUGAGGAAUGGACUACUAGGGUCAUAUUUCACUUCCUCCAGGACAAAUUGAGGAUGAAGAUUGGAGUUUUUUUUUGUUUGUUUUUUAACCACUAAAGAUAUGCUUGAAGGGAAACUUUGUUACACUGCACAACUAUUUUUAUUCAUUCAUUGUUACAAACCAUUUUCGUAAAAGUCAGUUCAUUUUAUGUGGUGCACUUCACAUAUCUGAGAACUGGUACACUACAUACCAUUUUUGUACGUGCUUUACCAAAUACACUGUUUAAAACAGUUGACUUGAUUAUUGUGUCGACAAAUCGAUGUAUGCAUCUUAUGUAUUUCGGGAGUCGUUUUAGCAUACACCAAACGGGACUGAAACGUCACAUGGAGGAAACAAGAACUUAAUAUACAUCAUUGGAAUAUUGCCUUUUCUCAGAUUUCUGCAUGAUAUAUUAAUGGUAGAUGUAACAUUGACAUCGAACGCCCAAAAUGGGUACUGCAGUCCAAAUUCAUCAUUUGAAGAGUUGUCUCCGCCCCCCUCCUGCCGAGACUCAAGCAGGUUGCCAGGUUGAGUUACACUGCCUACACGACUGCAAUAUAAUUUGGUACGAGAGCAAUUAUAUUUCGACACUGAUGAGCGACGAGUCCUACAUUGUAAGAUGAGUUAAUACACUUGCAAUUUAUUGUUUGCAUAUUAUAAACAAGUUCAUGCUGCAUCGGUCUUGAAAGCCUUCUGUUCUAAGCUUUCUCCAUCUAUCAAUUGCAGCGCCAGAUCUCGAUCGACCGGUUUUUACCAGGCUUUUUUUGCUUGCGUCAAAUCUAGUAUAUCUGGAUACAUUUAGUUUGUUUUACGUCCAAUGCUGCACAAACGGUGCCCCUUUAUUUAAUAUCUGGCAACCUGAGAUACUCAGAAUUUGGAAUCAUCACUGGCCAAAAAAAAACAAACGUUCCUACCCCUAAAGGCAUUUUAAAAACAUACUGGUUGUAGCAUUGAGUAGCGUCGUCGGAGAAGCCGGCAUUAGGCUCUCAAUCUUUCCUUCAUCUUGGAAAUACCAUGGUCCUUCUACGAUUUAAAACUUGUCUUAACACAAAGAAUGCACACAAAAUAUUCUGAACCAUUUAUUGAGAGUUUUGGAGUAUAAAUCACACUACCAAGUCUUACCUUAGGAAAUAAAAUGUAUUUACAAAAUUCUCACGUACAUUGGUUUCAAAUAAAAACUGACAGUAAAUGAUAUAAAUAAGUUCUAUGGAAAAUAAAACUCAUCUUACAAAAAAUAUAUGCA